AUGAUGACCGACGAAGAGGACAAAGGUCGCUUUGCAGCCACGACUUCAGCCUCAUCGUAUUUGCUACGGCCUCUGGUACAAGACGUUCCGCUCUCGGGCGAGGCUCAACUCGGAGAGGCUCAUGUUACGUGCGUCGAGCUCUGCGCUGACAAUCUGUACAUUGGGACCUCUAAAGCUGAAAUACUUCAUUAUGUCUCAAUUCCCGCCGAACCUUCGGACGAGUCUCAAUCGCCCUCUUACAUAUUUGCUUCAAGAUUACAGCCGGUUCACAGUGCACAGGCAAGUUCUGCCGCACUCAAGCCUGGCAUUCAACAAAUUCUUGUGCUGCCAAUGGUACAAAAAGCAUGUAUACUUUGCAACGGCACCCUCAGUUUCUACGUCUUACCUGAGUUGAGUCCUGCUUUCAACAAUGUCACAGUCCAAAAUUGCACUUGGGUAGGAGGAGUAGACCUGAACAAUGGCAAUGUAUCAGCACAUUACGGCGUCGUUGUUAUGAUAUGCGUAAAGAACAAAGUGAGGCUGGUCAGGAUCGCAGAUGAGGUGCAACGACUCAAAGACAUUCAAUAUCCUAGCUGCCUGAUAUCCAGCCGCAGAGGUGACUACGCCUGUGUCGCGGACAGUCAGGGUUAUGCUCUCCUCGACGUCGAGAAUCAGCAGAAAAUUUCGCUUUUUCCCAUAUCUUCCCUAGAUGAAAACUCUGCUACCGGAAAAGUUGAGGAUGUGUCUGGAGGUAACAAUUCGACCCCCGUCCGCGCGUCGAGUUCGGCUCGCCCUAUGUCUGGCGAAGGUGAAGAGAAGAAAGGUCACGGAAGGAACACAAGUAUUGGAGCACUAGUCGGAGGCAUUGGACGGAGGCAACUCAGCCCAUCACCAGCCGGUCAUGACAGAUCUGGCCGUAGCAGCCCUGACCCGUUUCUUGAGGAAGCUCCUAAUCAAGAUUCAUCUCAAAUACAAAGGGAGUCAAAUGCUGGACUCACUGCGCCUUCAUUAUCAACAUCUGGCAAACAACUUCCCGUACCACCACGGACUGAUUCCCUACGUCCACCGAAGCCACGUGAACAAUUGCUGAAGCCUCAUAUUUGCAGCCCGACUUCAAACGAGUUUUUGUUGACAACAGGUACGCUUUCAACGGACUCCGGCGUUGGACUUUUUGUGAACACCGACGGCGAUGUUGUGCGUGGUACGAUGGAGUUCAGCUGCUACCCUACAGCGGUGGUAGUCGACGGUCAGGUCUCUGAGUUUGAGGCCUCAAAUGAACAUCUAGAAGACAAUGCUCCUUUUGUCCUUGCUACCAUGAUUAGAAGUCUUGAAGGGGAAUCGCAAAAAGGAGUUGAAAUUCAAAGCUGGGAUACUGAUGACAGUGGGGCUAAAGAAUGGAUGAAAUUACCUCAGGGGCCAUCUGAAGGUGACACCAAUGGUUCAAGAAGAGUUCCAGCUCCCCUUGGCUUCGGUAUGCGAUCAGUAGAUACUCCCAUAAAGAUUUCGCAUGGAGAAAUAGGUGCUAUCUUAAUGAUGAAGAGGCUAAAACUAUCACCGAUUCAUGGAUCCUACGAGGUAGGAGACGGCGACUCCGAUGCUGCACGGAACAAAGAAGAAGUAGCUUUUGGGUCCACUAUCUGGUCUCUAUCAAGGACACCCUUUGUGAUGAAACUUGAUCUAGCCCUUGAACAAGCUUCACCCAUACUAUCAAGGGAAAGCGGAGAUGGUAGCGCUAAUCGAGGAGCAAUCGUCCACGUCCUUAAUCUCAUUCGCGGCCGAGAACCAUCCACGGAAACGGAGUUUCUUUCAUUAGGAUACUUACGGCAGAAAGCAGGUAUCAUACUAUUCGCAGACUCUUUGAAAUUACCAAAUAGAAUCGCUGACCUUCCAUCUGCUGACUUGCGCAUCAUGGAAGGGCUUCUUAUGGAAGGCGGUAUCGAUCCGCGAGUGAUACUUUUCAUGUUAUCACCUCUCGCAGAGGAGGCAGUGGAGGGUCUCGAAGGUGUAUGGGUUUAUGCUGGCCUUGUACAUAUCAUCGAGUUAUACAAACAACUCAUAAGCAAUACUGUCAGCUCAAUAGCUGAUGCUGAAUUACUGCAAUUGCUCAAACGUUACCUUUAUACUUGGAGACAGCGGAAAGGAUUCGGAAGCAUUCCCAGUGAGACCGAGGUCUUCAAGACUGUUGAUGCGGCGCUGCUUCGAAUCUUGCUCAUGUUGGAUAGCAAGGUCAGACCUCGCCCUUCGCGUUCGUCUGCUGAGAGACAAGAUCUGUAUUCUUUCGUUGACUCGGGACUUGAUUGCUUCGAUCGAGCUGCCGAGAUCCUUGAAAAUGAUUCUCGACUUUUUACUCUGAGCAGACUCUACCAAAGUCGUCGCCUAGCUCGAAAGGUCCUGGAGACUUGGCGAAGAAUCAUUGAAGGGGAAGAAGAUCGUGAUCAAGGCCUUGUCGACGGUGAGGAUGAAGUCCGAAAAUAUUUGACCAAUGUACGAGACCACGCGAUUGUCGAUGAGUUUGGAACGUGGUUGGCUAGGCGAAACCCUACAGUCGGUGUCCAGAUCUUUACCAAUGAAGCGAGUAAAGUGAGAUGGGAGCCUCAUCAGGUUGUCAUGCUCCUGCGUCGGCGUGCCCCUGACGCUGUAAAAGACUAUCUUGAACACUUAGUCUUUGGGAAGAAGAAUUUUCAAUACGCCAAUGACCUUAUUGGCUAUUAUCUCGACAGCGUACUUGACAUGUUGAAAACUUCAUAUCAUGCGCGUGAAAGCCUCGCCCAAACGUACGGAUUGUACCGUGCACUCCGUCCACCGAAGCCAACAUAUCGAGAGUACAUUACGGAGAAUGCUUUAGCAGAGUCAUGGUGGCAUGACCGUCUCCGACUUCUAGAGCUUAUCGGAGGCAGCCACGGAUCUGAAUUCUCCUACGAUAUUCAGCAAGUCCUCGCGCGUAUUGAGCCCUAUGAACAAGACCUCGUCCCCGAAUCGAUCAUACUCGAUGGUCAACAAGGUCGGCACGAACAAGCGCUUAGACUUCUGACUCAUGGUCUUGGUGACUAUCAUACCGCGGUCAAUUACUGCCUUCUUGGUGGUGCCAGCAUGUUCCACCCAACGCAUGGUUAUGUCAGCACUCCUCCCUCACAAGACGAACAGUCAGUCCUGUUCAACUUUCUUUUAAAAGAAUUUCUACACAUUGAGGAUGUAAGUGACCGACUCGAGAGGACAAGCGAGCUCAUAGCAAGAUUCAGCGCAUGGUUCGAUAUUCAGCAAGUUGUCGAUGCGAUCCCUGGUACGUGGUCUGUUGCCUUAGCUUCGGAGUUUUUGAUCAAAGCAUUUCGCCGGCUCGUUCAAGAGAAGAAUGAAGCUAUGAUCACCAAAGCGUUAAGCGGCGCACAGAAUUUGCAGAUUGCUCAUGACUUCGUCGAGAAAUGUACCCAGCUUGGUCCUCAUAUUCAGAAGCCAGAGCCUGUAAGUCUCGCCGAUUUCAGAGCGUGCGGGUCGCUGAAGCGGCAACCCGGCAUCUCGCACCGGCAGGUGCGCCUCCGCGCGCCAAGAAAUCUUCAAUUACGAGUUUCUCAUGAGGAGGAAUUACGUGCAGGUGACAGCAUGGCCGGGAGGAACCCUGAGCUUCAGGAUAGGUUAAGAGAACUUGAUCUCGAGUUAGAAGAAGGGGAAAUCACCCAGAAAGGCUACCAGAAACGAAGAACCCAGAUACUUUCUCAAUACUUAGCACCACCGGACGAGCCCAGCAGCAGCUUGCGAAUUCACAAUGCUGAAGAUACCUCUCAUCCGUCGAAUGACGGCUCGCGCUCAGCAUCGUUUGCUGCUCUCACACGGAAGUCGAACUCACCACAACCGGAAAUGAAGAAAGAGGGUACCGGUGUCGCAACACAAAAUGAGCCAGCCGUGGGACAAGGGGCCACUCUAGGAGUACGCAACCCCAGUCCACGACCCUCGUCCAUUGGUCGUGACUCGUACAAUACUAGUCGUGAUCCGAGUCAGUACGCUUUCAAUCCCGCGCCAGACAAUGGUCAACCAAACCUGGGUAGCUUUGAAAGUGACGAUCAAACGAGACGGUCAACGAUCCUCAACCAAGCGUACUUUGAAGACUUUGCAGGGCAGCAAGGUGAUGGCAAUCGCGAUAGCUACGGCGGUCCUCAGCGAUAUUCUACUACCGAGGCCUUUUCGCCUACUGCGAACACAGCGCCGCCGAUGUUGAGAAACAGCGACUUGCCACCAGCUGGUACACUCAGACACCUCUUGCCUUUAGACCCUCGUGAAGUGCCUUUCGCCGUCUACGACCCACAUAACAACAACAUACCUAUGGCGAAGUUCGAAAACAUAGCAGCAGUCUUACGCCAUCGGGCAAAGACCGACCCAAAGUCAUCAGCCUAUUGGGUGUUAGAUCAAAAAGGCAAAGAACUCUCCUCUAUCACGUGGGAAAAGCUAGCUAGCAGAGCGGAGAAGGUUGCCCAGGUCAUUCGAGACAAGAGUAAUCUAUAUAGAGGAGAUCGGGUGGCCCUCAUAUACCGGGACGUGGAGAUCAUAGACUUUACUGUGGCUCUCCUAGGAUGCUUCAUCGCUGGUGUAGUCGCGGUCCCAAUCACAGAAUUUGACGUUUCAACCACCAAUCUGGCGGAUUACCAAAGAUUGAACUUAAUCCUCACAACCACCCAAGCGCAUUUGGCGUUGACUACUGAUGUGAAUUUAAAAACCUUUCAGAGGGACAUUACGGCUAACAAGUUGAAUUGGCCUCGUGGAGUGGAAUGGUGGAAGACUAACGAAUUUGGAAGCUUUCACCCUAAGAAAAAGGAAGACUUACCCGCAUUAGUCGUACCAGAUCUGGCAUAUAUUGAAUUCUCCAGAGCACCGACAGGGGAUUUGCGCGGUGUUGUAAUGAGCCACAAGACGAUAAUGCAUCAAAUGGCAUGUCUCAGUGCGGUCAUCCACACCAUUCCCACAGGCGGCCAUGAUACUUUUGAUGCUGGCUUGCGGGACAAAUAUGGACGUCUGGUGUCGGGACCGAGCACUGGAGAGACCCUUCUUAGCUACCUUGACCCUAGACAAGGCAUCGGCCUUAUACUGGGUGCUUUGCUUACAGUCUACGGAGGCCAUACCGCUGUCUGGAUUGAACCCUUGGCGAUUGAGACUCCAGGGCUUUACGCGAAUCUAAUUACGAAACACAAGGCAACGCUACUAGUAGCAAAUUAUCCUGGUUUGAAAGUUGCUGCUUACAAUUAUCAGACAGAUCCCAUGGCUACGCGCAAUUUCAUGAAGAAGUUUGAACCAAAUUUUGCUAGUGUGAAGCUAUGUCUGAUUGAUACACUGACCGUCGACAGUGAGUUUCACGAAGUAUUGGCUGACCGGUGGUUCCGUCCACUGCGCAAUCCAAGGGCAUCAGAAGUCGUUGCUCCAAUGCUAUGCUUACCAGAGCAUGGAGGAAUGGUGAUAAGUGUGCGAGAUUGGCUUGGAGGGGAGGAAAGGAUGGGUUGUCCUCUUGGGAUGUUCGGGGCCGAUGAUACUGAGAGCGUUGAUGGAAAACCUGAAAACCCGAAUCCUGCCCCUUCCAAUACUUAUGGAAGCUUAAUCGGCGGUGGACCUAAGAAACCCAAGACUCCAAAAGCUCGAACUGAGCUGAGUGAGGUAUUGCUGGACAAAGAAGCUUUGAAAACUAAUGAGGUUGUUGUUGUGGCCAUGGGCGACGACGCUAGCAGAAGAGCAGAGACUGAGCAAAAUUGUGUACGCGUUGGUGCAUUCGGUUACCCCAUACCUGAUGCAACACUUGCUGUGGUGGAUCCCGAGACAAGUCUUUUGUGCACGCCGUUCGUGAUUGGAGAAAUCUGGGUCGAUUCCCCUUCACUAUCCGGGGGCUUCUGGGCGCUACCGAAGCACACAGAAACGAUCUUUCACGCGAGGCCUUAUAAAUUUCAAGAAGGUAACCCGACGCCGAUGGCUGUAGAGCCAGAGUUUCUGCGGACUGGUCUCCUAGGUUGCAUCAUUGAAGGCAAGAUCUUCGUCUUGGGGCUCUAUGAGGACCGGAUAAGACAGAAGGUUGAAUGGGUCGAACAUGGUACGGAAAUUGUCGAGUACCGCUACUUUUUCGUCCAGCAUCUCAUCUUAACGAUCAUGAGGAACAUUCCGAAAGUUCACGACGCCACGGCUUUCGAUAUCUUUGUCAAUGAUGAACACCUACCCGUGGUUGUUCUCGAGUCAUGGGUUGCAUCAACUGCACCAGCUAAUCCAGGUGGCCCUCCCCGCCAACUGGAUAUAGCUUUGCUUGAGUCGCUAGCAGAGAGGACGAUGGAAUUUCUCAUGCAGGUGCAUCAACUCCGAGUCUUCUGCGUCAUGAUCACAGCUCACAACACUCUUCCGAGAGUCGUGAAGAACGGCCGUAAAGAGAUUGGGAACAUGCUUUGCAGGAAGGAAUUUGACACGGGUUCGUUGCCCUGUGUGCAUGUUAAAUUUGGCGUCGAGAGGGCCGUGCUUAAUUUGCCUGUGGGAAUCGAUCCGGUCGGAGGGAUAUGGUCCCAUGAAUCCACAAUAGCCCGGCAAGAAAUAUUGCAACAUCAGGACAAGCAAUACUCUGGCGUAGACUACCGUGAAGUGGUCAUCGACGACAGGACAUCUACACCUCUUACUAACUUUUCAAGCAUUGUAGACUUGUUGCAAUGGCGAGUCGCGAGACAAGCGGAGGAGCUCGCUUAUUGCACGAUCGAUGGACGUGGCAGGGAAGGCAAGGGCGUGACUUGGAAGAAGUUCGACAUCAAGGUUGCUUCAGUCGCGCAAUUUCUGCGCAACAAGGUGAAGGUGGCACCUGGAGACCAUCUUAUACUGAUGUACACCCAUUCUGAAGAAUUUGUAUAUGCGAUACAUGCUUGCUUCUGCCUAGGGGUGGUUGCAAUACCGGUUCCACCUCUUGAUCAGAAUCGCCUAAACGAGGAUGCGCCGGCCUUCCUUCAUAUGAUUGCCGACUUUAGAGCUAAGGCAGUGCUUGUGAAUGCAGAUGUGGAUCAUUUACUAAAGCAAAAGAUUGUUUCGCAGCAUAUAAAGCAAUCUGCUCAAGUUCUAAAAGUUGGCAUCCCCUCGUAUUAUAAUACGACCAAACCACCAAGGCAAUCGACUGGAUGUCGCGACCUCGGUCUGACUGUAAAGGCUGCUUGGGUACAGCCAAACUACCCUGUCUUGAUAUGGACCUACUGGAGCGCUGACCAGCGACGGACGGCCGUUCAACUCGGCCAUGAUACCAUAAUGGGCAUUUGUAAGGUACAAAAAGAGACUUGUCAAAUGACGAGUUCAAGGCCCGUUCUUGGCUGUGUUAGGAGCACUAUGGGCCUCGGUAUGGUACACACAAGCCUUAUGGGAGUCUUUGUUGGUGCCCCAACAUAUCUGGUUUCGCCUGUGGACUUUGCAUCCAAUCCUCUGACGCUUUUCACAACAUUGUCUCGGUAUAAAAUCAAAGACACCUACGCUACAGGCCAGAUGUUAGACCAUGCCAUGACCGCCAUGCAAGGUAAAGGCUUCACACUACACGAGAUGAAGAAUAUGAUGAUAUCUGCAGAAAGCAGACCCAGGGUCGACAUCUUCCAAAAGGUGCGCCUUCACUUUGCCGGCACUGGGCUUGAUCGCACAGCAAUCAACACAAUCUAUUCGCAUGUGUUAAACCCUAUGAUUGCCUCCCGAUCCUACAUGUGCAUCGAGCCCGUGGAGCUCUGGCUGGAUACUCGAGCCCUCCGCAGGGGUCUGAUCUAUCCGGUCGACCCUGACUCUGAUCCGCACGCGCUCCUCCUGCAAGACUCGGGUAUGGUACCGGUCAGUACGCAGAUAUCGAUCGUCAACCCUGAGACAUGCCGACUCUGCCACAUAGGUGAGUAUGGAGAAAUAUGGGUCCAGUCGGAAGCUUGCGUCAAGUCGUUUUAUGGCUCCAAGGACGCAUUUGACUACGAGCGGUUCAGUGGAAGGACGGAGGACGGCGAUCCGAAUGUGGCAUACGUAAGGACAGGCGAUUUGGGAUUUUUGCACAAUGUUGUUCGACCCAUUGGCCCUGGUGGACAACCCGUGGAGAUGCAAGUACUAUUUGUUCUGGGCGCCAUUGGUGAGACGUUUGAAGUCAAUGGACUGAGCCACUUUCCUAUGGACAUUGAGCACUCGAUCGAGAAGUGCCACCGUCAUGUUGUGCUGAACGGCUGUGCCGUUUUCCAAGCCGGUGGUCUAGUAGUCGUUCUCGUCGAGGUAGCCCGCAAAGCGUAUCUGGCCAGCAUGGUACCGGUCAUCGUGAACGCUGUGCUUGGCGAGCAUCAAGUGAUUGUCGACAUCGUUGCUUUUGUCUCAAAGGGUGACUUCCCUCGCUCUCGUCUGGGCGAAAAGCAGCGCGGUAAGAUCUUAGCAAGCUGGGUCACCCGUAAAUUACGGACUAUCGCCCAGUUCAGCAUCCGCGAGAACGAUGGCGCUGAAAGUCAAAUCACGGAAGUAGCAGAGCCAAGAAGCACCACUAUGGCCAGUACCCUCGGCGCAGGAAGCAGCCUCCGGAACAUGGAGACAAUAUCUCCACCAGCAAAGGAUCUGCAUGCCCAUGAUUAUAUGUCUCUACCUGCUGGAAUAUCAGAAAUGUCUGCAACGAAUUACGAGACCUCAAUCGUAGAAAGUCCGCCCAUCGGCUCAACUGAAGAAGACAGAGAGGAUACUCCUACUGAGGCAAGGAACCACCGCUUCGACCAUCCAACCCCUACCGCUAACGAUUUUGGUUUGAGCUCCGGAGCCGCAUUUGCGCAGCAGGACUCAUAUAUGACUCACCAUCUACCACCGGAAUCUCACACAUCAGAAUCCACUGCUUCCACAACACCUGAGCCCUACCCACAGGACUCUUCCUUUCGCAACCAUCCUCGCCAAGACCCAGAAGCUCAGGACCCUGCACAUGCCUCCUUUAAUUUCGAUACCGACGGAUCCUCACCACCUCGAGCUCCGUAUUCGUCCAAGCCCGUCCUCUCCCUCUCGCAUCAAAACGACCCUUCCUUCAACCAUACGCUCCACAAUUCAUCCGGUUCAGGUGACCUCUGGACCCUUCCUUCUGCCCGACAGUCUCUCGGUAAUAAUGAUCACAAGUCGACCGUGAGCGGAGGUGGGGGCCACAUAUCAAGGUCAGGGUCUUCAGACCAAGAAGAUUGGCCUCAAGAAGCUAUGAGACAUAUGGGCCUCGGAACUACCGGAGGCCAAAAGUAUGAGGCCAACAGUGGCAAAUACACAAACACUUAUGAUGGGCGGGGAUAUAACCAUGCCUUGUAA